UUGAAAGUACUUUGAAGAAGCUGGGAAAGAUUAUAAACUAUCAUUCGUUUUCCAACAUCUUCUGACUCCAGGUUUCAAACUGGAAAGAAUUUUAAAUAAACAGGCAGUAAUUAACAGAGUCAAGAAGAGUCUCCAGAUGAACACUCUUCGUGGAAACUGGAGGAAGACAAUCCUGUUCGUUUGUGUUGUUGCUUUGGGUAUUGAUCCUUUGUAUCUCUUUGUCCCUGUGGUUGAUUCUCCUAAGUUCUGCUUCACUUUCGACAAGAAGCUUGCCACAGGAGUGUCUGUCCUUCGUACCAUCAUUGACGUAUUCUAUGUGGUUCAUAUCAUUUGGAAUUUCAUGAGAUAUUCAAAUGGCGAGUUAAACUUGCAUGGCAAGCCUAAAAGGGAAAAAUAUUAUUUCAUCUCUUAUACCAUUGUUGACAUUUUGUCUGUUCUCCCCAUGCCUCAGGUUCUGGUUCUCACUUUAAUGCGUCGGUCUGACUCGCUCGUGUCAAGAGAAAUACUGAAAUGGAUUGUACUUUCUCAAUAUAUACCAAGAAUUGUACGUAUCUAUCCGCUUUACAAAGAGGUGACAAAAGCCUCUGGUACAGUAGCAGAAACAAAGUGGAUUGGAGCUGCUUUUAACCUUUUCCUCUACAUGUUGCACAGUCAUGUGUUUGGGGCUUUCUGGUACGUGAGUUCAGUAGAAAAGAUUAACAAAUGUUGGCGUCUAGCAUGUCCUCAUCUCCCGGGAUGCAGUCUCAAAUUUCAGUACUGUGGACGAGAAGGUGGAAACAACAUUCCCUACGGCCUGAACACUUCAUGCCCCUUAAUCGAACCUGACCAAAUCACAAACUCCUCAGUCUUCAACUUUGGUAUGUACAUUGAUGCAUUGAAGUCAGGGAUCGUAGAGGUCAAUCCAGAUGAUUUUCCAAGGAAGUUCUUUUACUGCUUUUGGUGGGGUUUACGAAAUAUUAGUGCUUUAGGUCAAAACCUACGGACAAGCAACUCUGUUGGGGAUAUCGUCUUUGCUCUCAUCAUCUGCGUCUCUGGUUUACUUUUGUUCGCAGUCCUCAUUGGAAACAUCCAGAAGUACCUGCAAUCAAAUACAACUAGAAUAGAUGAAAACGAGGAGAAAAAGAGAGACACUGAAAUUUGGAUGUCGAGUAAGAGUCUGCCAGAAAAUCUAAAGAACAUGAUCAGAAGCCACGAGGAAGAGAAAUGGCAAAAAACAAGAGGCAUCGAAGAGAAAAAAUUUCUUGAUGACCUUCCAGACCACAUCAGGCUCCACAUUGAACGGAAUUCUUUAAACAAUAGGGGAAACGAGGAAGGAGGAAGAGGGAAACAAGAAGUGGAUGGAAGAAGAGGUGAAGAAGAAGACAAGACGAGAAAUGACGAGGGGGAGACGCACCAGAGGAUGGUGUGACGAGGCGUAGUCAAUUUUAGUGCAUUGAUUAAUAAUGUUAUUGGGCUGUGUGAGUUUGUAGUCAAUUUACUUUCAUAUGGUAGCGUCGGGUUCAUAUAUUUUAUUAUUACAUGAAUUUACAACUUAUUUUAUGAUUUUACUAAAAAAAAUAUGUUCAAGAAUAUGAAGAUGAAUAUAUAUUAAAAGUGAAUGAUGUUUUUAUGAUUCA